CGGCUCAGAUGGAGUCUUCAAGGACGUAGCCGCCUCAGUAACGCCAGUGCCCUCAACCGACUGCACGGCUCCCGGAGACGACAGAGGCAAUGGAGAGAUCGGAGACGAGCAAUGAUUGCCAAGGCAAACAAAUUGGACUCUGGCAAGGAAACGAGAGAGAAGAAGAAAAAGAAGAAGGCCAGGGCGGUAGAAGAAGACGCCUUGGAUAUGGAACCCCUUGUCAAAACAAAGCCAUCUCAGAAUAGUGUGGCCUCCUCAGACAUGGUUCAAGAAAUAUCCCUGCUGAAAAAGAAAAAGAAGAAGAAGAAGAAGAAAGUCCAAGAAUCAGAGAACCUAGAUAGAGCCCCCCAUGAGGAAAGUGAAGAGGCAGAACCCAAGGACACAAUCAGAUCCCUGAAGAAGCAUCAGAGCAUGAAGGAACUGCUUCCAAAUCCUUCCGAGCUCCCAUGCCAAGAGAAGAGAAAGAAGACAAAGCCAUCCCUGGACUUGACAUCCUCUCACUCCCCAGGAGCAGAGGCAGGGGUAGGGAUGGAACUGGAAGAGGACUUUGUCAGGAAACAUAAAAAGCAGAAGAAGGAUAAAAGAUCAGAUCAGGAGAGAUCUGGGGAGCAGGAGCCCAAAGAGGUCCUUCCUGACCCUAUGGAGGAGGAAGAAGGAAAGGAAGGUGAGCCCAUAGAGCAGGGACAGAUAGAGGAGAAGCAGGAGCCCAGCAAUCUCAGAGACUCUGGUGCCAAAAAGAAGAAAAAGAAGAAGAAAAAGACUUAUAGGGAGGAGGAGGAGGAUGAAGAGGAUAGAAGUGAUAACCUGCCCACUGAUGAGGCCCACAUAGAGGAUUCCAGUGCCAUUGGCAGCUACAGAAAGAAAGGCCACAAAAAUAAAAAGACCAAGGCUGAACCUGCAGAACAUAUCCCACUGCCCAGCAGCCCUAGGAACAUUGAAAAGAAAGGGAAGAAAUCUAAGAUACAGACAGAACCACCCCCUGCUGAAGAACCUGCUCCAAAGAAGAAAAAGAAGACAAUGACAACGGCAGGUAGGAAAGUCAUGCAGGACCCGAAAGGCCCAGGCAUGGGACAUGAAUCAGACUUGGAAGUGGUAUCUGAAAAAAAGGGAAACUUGGAUGAAGUCACCAUAGACACGGUCAGAAGAAAGGCCUUGCAAGAAGAGAUUGAUAGAGAAUCUGGGAAAACUGAAGCUCUUGAAACCAAAGUAGAAGCGCCUACUCGGUUUGGGCAGUGGGAUACAGCGACUUUUGAAAAUUCCGACCAAAAGAUGAAAUUCCUCAGACUUAUGGGGGGCUUUAAGAAUUCUUCCUCAGCACUCAGCAGUUCCCCAGGUACCCUGGGCAAACCAAACAUGGCUCUGAACAAGCAGGCCGCUGCCACCUUGCAGCAGAAUCUACAAGUGGAAUUUGACAGAGCCAUGAGCUGGAAGCAGCAGCGUGGAGUCGGACUUGGCUAUUCAGCUUCUGCAAACAAAAACAAAUUAUUUUAUAUAGACAGAAAUGCAUCCAGAUCUGUAAAGUUUGAUGAUUAACAAUGUCUUGUUCCUCCUCUCCCACCCAAAUUGCCAGAGUUGUUUUUAGGUUUUCUAUUACAUGAACUAAAUGUUGAACUGCUUUUUAAGUAGUAAGCUGGCGGAGCUUCAGUCGGGUGGUGGAUUUCAGAGCCCCUCAAGGGGCUAGAGGGUAAUCUGUAUUAUAAAAGCCAGAAUAGUGUUUCUAGUAUUAAAAAACACUUUUAUGUUUAA